CUGAGACAUACUUCCACUGUUCCAGUUCACAAUGAUCUCGACGUUUAUAUCGCCUUGAACUUCCAAUCAAUGGCUCUCAAUCGCCACCCGUGCGACCCCAGGCUCUGACCAGUCGUCUUCAGCGGUCCAUCAUUGCCUUCUUUGUAGGGCGAACAUCAUGCCACUGCCGCAUGUCGUUGACAUGCCCUUCGUCGGUCGUACUCCUGUGCCACAAUGUCUCUUGACAUUCGCCGCUAAGGUCGCGGAUAGCAUCCGCUCUCAAUAGUCUCUGAUCCUCUCCCAAACAGCACCGAUCAGCACACAUCCACUACACUAACUACGGCACUGACUCGCGGCAGAGACCAUGGCUCGUGUGUAUGCCGACGUGAACGCGAUGCUCGGUCCUGCGUGGUACGAAUUUGAAAGCACGAAGAUAGAGUGGAACGUGCCAGAUCGGUACGAGAUCACUCGGCGGAUCGGCGGUGGCAAGUACUCCGAGGUCUUUGAGGGCGUCGACUCUUCGAACGAGGAUGCCGUGGUCAUCAAAGUGCUGAAGCCGGUAGCGAAGAGGAAGAUCAAACGGGAGAUUAAGAUCCUGCGUAAUCUCUCCGGUGGCCCAAACAUUGUCGGCCUUGUAGACGUCGUGCGCGACCACCCGUCACGCUCCCAUAGUUUGGUCAUGGAGUAUGUCAGAAAUUCGGACUGGAAGGACAUAUACCGCUCCUUGACUGAAGUGGAGAUCAAGCAAUAUCUAUUCCAGCUGCUAAGGGCUUUGGACUUCGCGCAUUCGCGUGGUAUCAUGCACCGGGAUGUGAAGCCGGGUAACAUCAUGUUCGAUCGCGAAAAGCGCAAGCUGAGGCUUAUUGACUGGGGUCUUGCCGAGUUCUAUCACCCUGGCACCGAGUACCCUCCGCGAGUGGGCUCCAGAUAUUGGAAAAGUCCCGAAUUACUCGUCAGCUACAAGACAUACGACUACAGUCUCGACCUGUGGAGCGUCGGCUGUAUACUGGCCGCCUUGUUGUUCCGCAAGGAGGCCUUCUUCCGUGGGAGAGAUAACGAGGACCAGCUCUUGAAGAUCGUGAAAGUGCUUGGCACGGACAGCUUCGAACAGUACUUGUUCACCUACAACCUCUGCCUCGUCAACGUGAAUGACGAACUCGUGCAACAACAUGCACGACAACCUUGGGCACGGUUUAUCACGCAAGAGAAUCGGGCAACAACAUCGUCAGAGGCUCUCGACCUACUUGACAAGCUGCUACGAUAUGAUCAUCGAGAACGACUGACAGCGGCUGAAGCGAUGGCACAUACUUAUUUCAAUGUUGUACGACUACAGACACCAUCCAACCCCGCGGAGUGCUUCAGCGACUCCGGCUUUUACUCCACCUGAACCCAACCUGAACCCCGAGAGCGCCGCAGCGCGGCUUUUCUCCCGCUGUACAACUAGAUUACUUAUCGUGUACUGAACGGAUCAUGCAGCGCGACCGCACUGUGUUGACCUCGAAUGAAUUGUUCCUGGCGAUAAAGCCCGGGCCCGACACUCACCCUGCCCAAGCUCGGUAGCCCCACAGCGACAUUCAACUCGGAACCCACGGAGCCCUUUUGUUGUUACAUCUUCGCGGUUCUGGGCUCAGACCAAGUGAGAAU